CCAAAGACUGAUGUCCCAGUGUGGAAUAUGGCAUCCAAGGCGAAACAGAGUCAACGAGACAGCGUUGGUGCUGGGAAAAACAAGGAAGUAAGAGCAGGAAAUAGGGAAGAACUGCGAAGAACCAGAAAUGGAGAUACAUCCAAAAGUGCCAUGGAAACAGUCGUCGGAGAGAGGAAUGCGUACCUGCAGAAGGAGUCCGAGAUUCUUAGCGAGCACAUGAACACAUACAUGGGCAGAGUGGAGCGCUUCCUACGGGAGAAUAAAUUCCUGGAAGAGGAAGCCAAACGGAAUCGGCAAGAGAGUAACAUUUAUCUCUCCUACCUGUCGAAACACGGCCAGAAGUGUCAGAAUCUGAUGAUAACGUUAAACGAGCAGAAUGAAACCGAUCUGUCUCAGGUCCGGCAGCAGAAAGAGAAGCUCGUCUCACGGUACGCAGAACGAGAAAGGGAGGCCAGGAGCCGCCUGACGGAGGUGGAGGCGAAGUACGCUCUUCUGAACAGUGAGGUUGAAGACCUGCAGCCUUUCAAAGACCUGCAGUUGGAACAGACGAGGAAGAUGAAAGAGCUGGAGAAGGAACUGCUGGUGGCGAAGAUCCGUCAUUCAGAAGAGAUGCACCAAAUCAAGAGCCGGUUUCUGCAGGCCAAAGCGGGUCGCGAGGAGGACUCCCGUCAGAAGAUCCUGCUGCUCAGCAGGAGAGCAGAAGCAGCAGCAAUGCGCUCCUUAAUUCAGCAUAUCGAGCAAGUGAAAGCUGAGAACCGGCGUCUGCGCCAGGAAUUGCUCGGGCUCAUCCGAUGCUCCGAGGUCCUCAAGGAAAUCCAAGCUGAACUGAGGGAGCAGCAGCAGCAGCUGCUUCGGGAGCAGUGGUGCACCCAGGACGUGGCACACGCACGGCGCAGGCUGCACCGGCAGGAGGCAACCUGCAGCUCUCACAGCCCUUUUGGAUGCGGAUAUUAGCCUGGAGAAACACUUCUCUGAGCCUCACCGGUGAUGCUGUGUCACCACAUCUCGCUGGACACCAAUGGCUGUUGCGGCCGGUUAGGUCACUGAAGGCUGCAAAGCGAUCAGGGUGGCUGAGUGUUGUGUGCGUGGAUGAAAGGAGCCACUGACACAGCUCACACUGUAUUUACUGACACCACGGAAUGAACGGACGAAGGCCGACUCCUCCAGCAACAGACUUCAUUGAAUUUACCUUCCGCUGGACUCCAAAGGGCAGAAAAUAAACAGGCAAGCAACCAAAGUUUCCAACCAC